GGUCGCGCCCCCGCUCCUGCCUCAGUUUCCCCGGGGUGGGGAGGGGGGGAGGCUCCAUCCCUUACCGGGAUGACGUCACCGAGUGACGUGAUGUCACCGCGGGGGGACACACGCGACACCUGGCGGGGCGGGUCGCGGCCCCCUCCCCCGCGGGUCCCCCGGGGUGACGCGCAGCCCCUCCCCCGCCCCCGGCCCCCCCAGUUCCACUGAUGACAUCACCGCCGGCCGCGCUGUUGCCAUGGCAACCGUCCCCCGCCCCGGCGACCCCUCGUGCCUCAGUUUACCCCGCGCCGCUCGCGCGUGGCCGGGGCUGACCCGGGGCGCGCACCCGGGGGCACUUUGGGGGGGUGUGCGGGGGGGGCACGCACGCGCGUGAAGGGGUCACACGCGUGUCGGGGGUCCCGUGGGGGUCGCACACGGGUGUGGGGCUGAACCCCGUGUUCCGGGUGCCCGGCCCCGCUGGCCGCCCCCCCAUCCCGGGGGUUCCCGUUCCCCCAAUCCCGGGGCUCCCCGUUCCCGUCCCGGGGGUCCCCGCUGACCGCUGCCCAUCGCGGGGGUCGCCGCCCCCAGCCCGCCAUGGCCUGCCUGCACGAGACCCGCACUCCGUCGCCGUCGCUGGCGCUGCCGUCGGACGGGACCCCCGAGCAGGAGCUGACCCCCACGCAGUGCGUCCUGCGCGAUGUCCUGCCCGCGCCCAGCGCGCCCCCCGAGGCCUGGCCCCGCCGGGGGGGGGCGCGGCCCCCCGAGCUGGUGCCAUCCUCUGGGGGGCCGUGGUGCCAUGCUGGGGGCCGUGGUGCCAUGGUGGGGGCCGUGGUGCCGUGGCCACGGCGGGGGCUGUGCUGCCAUCCCGCGGUGCCCGCAGACCCCUGGGAGGUGCCGUUCGAGGAGAUCCUGGACCUGCAGUGGGUGGGCAGCGGGGCGCAGGGUGCCGUGUUCCUGGGCCGCUUCCACGGCGAGGAGGUGGCCGUGAAGAAGGUGCGGGACCUCAAGGAGACCGACAUCAAACACCUGCGCAAGCUCAAGCACCCCAACAUCAUCACCUUCAAGGGCGUGUGCACCCAGGCCCCCUGCUACUGCAUCAUCAUGGAGUUCUGCGCCCAGGGGCAGCUCUACGAGGUGCUGCGCGCCGGCCGCAAGGUCACCCCCUCCCUGCUGGUCGACUGGUCCAUGGGCAUCGCCGGCGGCAUGAACUACCUGCACCUGCACAAGAUCAUCCACCGCGACCUCAAGUCGCCCAACAUGCUCAUCACCUAUGACGACGUGGUGAAGAUCUCGGACUUCGGCACCUCCAAGGAGCUCAUCGACAAGAGCACCAAGAUGUCCUUCGCCGGCACCGUGGCCUGGAUGGCCCCCGAGGUCAUCCGCAACGAGCCCGUCUCCGAGAAGGUGGACAUCUGGUCCUUCGGGGUGGUGCUGUGGGAGCUGCUGACGGGCGAGAUCCCCUACAAGGACGUGGACUCGUCGGCCAUAAUCUGGGGCGUGGGCAGCAACAGCCUGCACCUGCCCGUGCCCUCCAGCUGCCCCGACGGCUUCAAGGUGCUGCUGCGCCAGUGCUGGAACAGCAAACCCCGGAACCGGCCGUCCUUCCGCCAGAUCCUGCUGCACCUCGACAUCGCCUCGGCCGACGUCCUCUCCACCCCCCAGGAGACCUACUUCAAAUCCCAGGCCGAGUGGCGGGAGGAGGUGAAGCUGCACUUCGAGAAGAUCAAGUCGGAGGGGACGUGUCUGCACCGGCUGGAGGAGGAGCUGAUCAACCGGCGGCGCGAGGAGCUGCGGCACGCGCUGGACAUCCGGGAGCACUACGAGCGGAAACUGGAGCGCGCCAACAACCUCUACAUGGAGCUGAGCGCCCUCAUGCUGCAGCUGGAGCUCAAGGAGAAGGAGCUGCUCAGGCGGGAGCAGGCGCUGGAGAAGCGCUACCCCGGGCUCUUCAAGCCGCGGGUGCCGCGGGGGCUCCUGCACGGCAACGCCGUCGAGACCCUCAUCAAGAAGCGCAACGUGCCCCAGAAGCUCUCGCCCCACGGCAAGCGCCCCGACAUCCUGAAGCCGGAGGUGCUGCUGCCCAAGCUGGACGCGGCCAUGGCGCAGGUGGCGCUGCCGGGGUGUCCCAAGGGUCCCCCGUCCCCCGGGCGCAGCCGCCGGGCCAAGGGCCGCCACCGCAAAGCGGGGCCCCGGGGGGGCUGCGGGGAGCCGGGACCCGAGGCCGGGACCCCCCGGGGUCCCCCCGCCACCGCCGCCAGCCCCGACAUCCUCGGGGGCACCCUGGAGGCCGCGGGUGCCCCCCCGGCCACGGUACCUGACGCGGGACCCGAGGGGGCGACGGGCACCCAAGGGUCCCCCCCGCCGCAGCCCCCCACUCCCGGGGAGCCCGAGCGGGAGAGCGGGGCCGGCCGGGGGGGGAAAGGGGGGGCCGGGCAGCACCUCACCCCCGCGGCUCUGCUGUACCGGGCGGCCGUCACCCGCGGGCAGAAACGGGGGGUCUCGUCCGAGGAGGAGGAGGGCGAGGUGGACAGCGAGGUGGAGCUGCCGCUGCGGCAGAGGUGGCCCCCGGGGAUGAGCAAGCGCCAGUCGCUGUCCACCUUCAGCUCGGAGAACUUCUCGGACGGGGACGGCGACGAGGGCCACACGAGCGAGCCGUCGCACAGCGCCACGCCCGACGUGGGCAGCACCAACACGGACGAGCGCCCCGAUGACCGCUCCGAGGACCUGCUGUCCCAGGGCUCCGAGAUCCCGCUGGACGCCGCCCCACCCGACGGGCCCGGCCGCCGCCACGGGGGGCUCAGCCCCACCAAGGCCUCCGAGGACUCGGACUGUGACAGUGCAGAGCUGGACCACUCGGGCAGCGGCGAGGGGCCCCCCCGGCCCACAGCCCCCCCGGGCCUGUGACCUGCGAGCCCCCGCGCCCCCCGCCCUGCACUCCUCACUUGUACAGCCCCAAAUAUUUAUAUAAAUAUCUAUCGCUCUCU